CAGGGCCAGUCCUCCCGGAGGCUCGCGCCCGGCUCCGCGCUCCUGCUCGCCGGUCCAGCCGGCCGCCUGCCGCGGCUCCCUCCCGGCUCUCGGCGCCUCGGCUCCCCGCGCCCCUGUCGCCCACCCCUCCCCGACCCUGCCCCCGGACUCCCAGGGGAGCGACACUUCGGCCGAGUUGAAUGAAUGAAGAGAGACGCGGAGAACUCCUAAAUGAGUUUCCAAUGAAACAAUCGCGGGAGGCAUAGAAGGGCCUGGCCGGUGAGUCUACAGAUGCUGGGCUGACUGUGUCCGGAAAGGCCCCCUGAAGCUGUCUGUGUCUGUAUUUCAGGGAGGAGAUCUGACAGGCUGGGCUCUCCAAUGCUUUUCUAAAAAUCUUGGAAACUUUAUCCUUCAUUGCUUUACGACACUGUCCACCUUUAAGUUCCUUGAAAACGCCUGUGCCUGUAACUCGGCUGAAGCCAUGCCUUGUGUUCAGGCGCAGUAUGGGUCCUCGCCUCAAGGAGCCAGCCCCGCUUCUCAGAGCUACAGUUACCACUCUUCGGGAGAAUACAGCUCCGAUUUCUUAACGCCAGAGUUUGUCAAGUUUAGCAUGGACCUCACCAACACUGAAAUCACUGCCACCACUUCUCUCCCCAGCUUCAGUACCUUUAUGGACAACUACAGCACAGGCUACGACGUCAAGCCGCCUUGCUUGUACCAAACGCCCCUGCCCGGACAGCAGGCGUCCAUUAAGGUAGAAGACAUUCAGAUGCACAGCUACCAGCAGCACAGCCACCUGCCCCCCCAGUCCGAGGAGAUGAUGCCGCACUCCGGGUCGGUUUACUACAAGCCCUCCUCGCCCCCGACGUCCGCCACCCCGGGCUUCCCGGUGCAGCACAGCCCCAUGUGGGACGACCCGGGCUCCCUCCACAACUUCCACCAGAACUACGUGGCCACCACGCACAUGAUCGAGCAGAGGAAAACGCCCGUCUCCCGCCUCUCCCUCUUCUCCUUUAAGCAGUCGCCCCCCGGCACCCCUGUGUCGAGCUGCCAGAUGCGCUUCGACGGGCCCCUGCACGUCCCCAUGAACCCGGAGCCGGCGGGCAGCCACCACGUUGUAGACGGGCAGACCUUCGCGGUGCCCAACCCCAUCCGAAAGCCCGCGUCCAUGGGCUUCCCGGGCCUGCAGAUCGGCCACGCGUCGCAGCUGCUCGACACGCAGGUGCCCUCGCCGCCGUCGCGGGGCUCCCCCUCCAACGAGGGGCUGUGCGCGGUGUGUGGCGACAACGCGGCCUGCCAGCACUACGGCGUGCGCACCUGUGAGGGCUGCAAGGGGUUCUUUAAGCGCACGGUGCAAAAGAACGCAAAAUAUGUGUGUUUAGCAAAUAAAAACUGCCCAGUGGACAAGCGGCGCAGGAAUCGCUGUCAGUACUGCCGGUUCCAGAAGUGCCUGGCUGUGGGGAUGGUCAAAGAAGUGGUUCGCACGGACAGUUUAAAAGGCCGGCGAGGUCGUUUACCUUCCAAACCGAAGAGCCCACAGGAGCCCUCUCCCCCCUCGCCCCCGGUGAGUCUGAUCAGUGCCCUCGUCAGGGCCCAUGUCGACUCCAACCCGGCUAUGACCAGCCUGGACUAUUCCAGGUUCCAGGCGAACCCUGACUAUCAGAUGAGUGGAGAUGACACCCAGCAUAUCCAACAAUUCUAUGAUCUCCUGACUGGCUCCAUGGAGAUCAUCAGGGGCUGGGCCGAGAAGAUUCCGGGCUUUGCUGACCUGCCCAAAGCCGACCAGGACCUGCUUUUUGAAUCGGCUUUCUUAGAACUGUUUGUGCUGCGAUUAGCAUACAGGUCCAACCCAGUGGAGGGUAAACUCAUCUUUUGCAAUGGGGUGGUCUUGCACAGGUUGCAAUGCGUUCGUGGCUUUGGGGAAUGGAUUGAUUCCAUUGUUGAAUUCUCCUCCAACUUGCAGAACAUGAACAUCGACAUUUCUGCCUUCUCCUGCAUUGCUGCCCUGGCUAUGGUCACAGAGAGACAUGGGCUCAAGGAACCCAAGAGAGUGGAAGAACUACAAAACAAGAUUGUCAAUUGUCUCAAAGACCACGUGACUUUCAAUAACGGGGGUUUGAACCGCCCCAACUAUUUGUCCAAACUGUUGGGGAAGCUCCCAGAACUCCGUACUCUUUGCACACAGGGUCUACAGCGCAUUUUCUACCUGAAACUGGAAGACUUGGUACCACCGCCAGCAAUAAUUGACAAACUUUUUCUGGAUACUUUACCUUUCUAGACCUCCUCCCAUGCACUUCAAAGGAACUGGAAAGAACACCUAAAACUGUCCAGAGGGGGCAAGUCACAAGGGCAGAGAUAACCCCUUGAGCUGUCUCAGCUCUAGCCAUCCCACCCCUUCCAUAAACCCCCAGCCCCUUGAUCCUUAAAGGAAAACAAAAAACAGAAAACAAAAACUGUUGCUAUUUCCUAACCUGCAGGCAGAACCUGAAAGGGCAUUUUGGCUCGGGGCAUCCUGGAUUUAGAACAUGGACUACACACAAUGCAGUGGUAUAAACUUUUUAUUAUCAGUUUAAAAAUCAGUUAAAUGUUCAGAAGAAAGAUUCCUAAUGUAUGAUGGGAAAUGUUUGGCCACAUUUGGUUGUUGCAGUUAAGAGAAAUGUUACACACACACACACACACACACACACACACACACAUCGUAAGGGGACCCAUAAGUAUUGCCCUUUAAAAGACUUCAAAGUUUUCUGCUGUAAAGAAAGCUGUAAUAUAUAGUAAAACUAAAUGUUGCGUGGGUGGCAUGAGUUGAAGAAGGCAAAGGCUUGUAAAUUUACCCAAUGCAGUUUGGCUUUUUAAAUUAUUUUGUGCCUAUUUAUGAAUAAAUAUUACAAAUUCUAAAAGAUAAGUGUGUUUGCAAAAAAAAAAAAUAUAACUACACAAAAAAGGGACCAGCAUGUUGAUUCUAGGUUGAAAUGUUAUAGGCACUUGCUACUUCAGUAAUGUCUAUAUUAUAUAAAUAGUAUUUCAGACACUAUGUAGUCUGUUAGAUUUUAUAAAGAUUGGUAGUUAUCUGAGCUUAAACAUUUUCUCAAUUGUAAAAUAGGUGGGCACAAGUACUACACAUCAGAAAAUCCUGACAAAAGGGACACAUAGUGUUUGUAACACCGUCCAACAUUCCUUGUUUGUAAGUGUUGUAUGUACCGUUGAUGUUGAUAAAAGAAAGUUUAUAUCUUGAUUAUUUUGUUGUCUAAAGCUAAACAAAACUUGCAUGCAGCAGCUUUUGACUGUUUCCAGAGUGCUUAUAAUACACAUAACUCCCUGGAAAUUACUGAGCACUUUGAAUUUUUUUGUUUUUUUAAUGUCUAAAAUUGUCAGUUAAUAUAUUAUUUUAUGUUUGAGUAAGAAUUUUAAUAUUGCCAUAUUCUGUAGUAUUUUUCUUUGUAUAUUUCUAGUAUGGCACAUGAUAUGAGUCACUGCCUUUUUUUCUAUGGUGUAUGACAGUUAGAGACACUGAUUUUUUUUUCUGAUAAAUUCUUUCUUUGAGAAAGACAAUUUUAAUGUUUACAACAAUAAACUAUGUAAAUGAACA